AUGAGAUUGAGACCACCGAAACGAUACUCUCAAGAGCCACUCGGGACCAGCUUGAUCACAGCCAUCCGCAAAACAUUCAAGCUCUGUCUUGAGCAGAAUCACCUCAUGCGCGAGACGUGGGCGGUGGUCAGGAUGUCGGAUUUCAACCUCUGGGUCGAUGGAUGGGGCGCCGCAGCCGCAACGGAGACAUUGCUUGAUGCUAGGCUUCAGGCCCUGCCAGAAUCGGAUCAAAAGUGUCUACAGGAUAAUCUUCACCAGCUCAAGGAUGCUCUUAGCCAAGGGCUCUUCGUGGAGAGAAGCGAGAAAUCAAUGAGGAAGGUCGAUUUCCUCGUCUCCCAGUUGGCCAAGGACGCCGUGGCCAUCAGACGGAGAGAAGCACAACCACGGAUCCAAAGAGCAGAUCAGACCUUUGACCCUCGAAGACAGCAGUCACUGCGGGAUUACUUCAAGUGCAUGAUGCUUCUUCUUCGACCGACUGACAGUGCUGUUUCUGAACCUGAAUCCCCACCGACUGUGCCCACGGAUUGGGUGUGUGUCAUACCGAACGAUAAUGUGAUCAAGCUCAAGAUGACACCUCUUCAGGAGCGCCUCAUCGAAGCCAACCUCAGGCGCCGUUAUCGAUUUCUUCGAGCCCAGCGCGAGUCGGACAACCCGGCCAGCUCAACGACCUCGGGGCCAGAAUCAACAGCUGGACUCCCAGAUAGCAUCGCGGCUGAUUCUCAAAAGACGGGUCAGUAUCCGAGCCCCCCAAAAGCAGAGGGUGAUUUCAAAUGUCCUUGUUGCUGCCAACCUUUGCCCGACAUUGUGGCUACGGACACCGAAAAAUGGAGACAACAUCUUUUGAAAGAUAUCCAACCGUUCACCUGUAUCGCGAAAGGCUGCCCGACUCCAGGUAUUAUUUACAGCACGCGAAGCGACUGGGAGCGCCAUGUGGAGAUGGACCAUCGCCGCAACCGAUGGAUCUGUCCCAUCUGCCGCGACAUGGACACCGCAACCGACAACGUGGAGGUCUUGCUCGCCCACAUGUGGCAGCGUCACCCAGACGCAAUUACCCCGGAGGAUGCCGUCCAUGUUAUUCAUGCGGGCGAGAUCCCAUCGUACGGACUCACGUGUUGUCCUCUCCCUCUCUGCAAAGAGACUGGAUCCCUUGACAGCUCCGAACUGGUCAACCACGUCCUGCGACACACCCAUGACUUUGCCUUACAGGCACUCCCACUGCUGACAGAUCCGGAUUACGUCCUGUCGUGGUUGAACGACGUCAGUGAGCAAGGUCCUCCAUCUUCGACCCCCCCGGCACUGGACCUCAGGACCUGGGACGAGACCGCCGAGGAACCUGCGCAAGAGUCCAGCGGCGCCUGGGACUACUUCGACCGGAAUCCGUACUUUGCGGACGACUCCAGCAGUAGACCCUUUCCUGCGCCCUUGUCCAAGCGCAGCGAACACAUAUCAGAUGGCGAGGAGGCGAUUGACCACCAGGUUGAGGGCUGUUAG